UGCCAAAAAAAAGGGAAGAAAAUGAGAAGUGGAACGUGCCUUUUCACCAAAAAAAAAAGCUUGUUUCGGUCGUGGUCGUUUCAGUGUAGGACCGGUGGGAAACGGUCGGUCACUAAUGUCUGCAACACCCGGUGUUUGAGUUGCGGGAUGGAGUUUCGUUGAAAGACAGUAACGCUACGUGAAAUUUGUAUUUAGUGUCUCUGUCUACUAACGCAGCGAUAUAUAUCGGAGCACUCCCCCGAGCAACAUGGCAGAUAACAUUAUCAUCAGGGUACAAUCCCCAGAUGGGAUGAAGAAAAUUCCUGCUACCAAGAGGGAGACUGUUGCUGCUUUUAUAAAGAAGGUGGGCAACGAGUUUGGUUUCAAUUCCAAUGGGUUUUCUAUUUACCUGAACCGCAACAAGACCGGAGAGAUCCUUUCCCAGAACAAAACUCUGAGCCUGCUUAAGAUCAAGCAUGGCGACAUGCUGUAUCUGUUCCCUUCGGGAUCCCCUUCCUCCUCUGCGGAGGUGAUGGACACUGCCACCCCACACUCCUCUUCAUCCAUGCCAUCCGUCUCAUCUUCCUCGUCCUCUGCUUCAUCCUCCAUGAUCCCCCGGUCCUUCUCAGCACCCCAGGUCCAAGAGGAUGAGAUCGAUCAGUAUCUGACCAAGCAAGACGGCAAGAUCUACAGGAACAAAGAUCCACAGCUAUGUCACCAUGGUUCCCUUGGAAAGUGUGUCCACUGUGUACCGUUAGAGCCUUUUGACGAAGACUACCUGAAUCACCUCGACCCCCCAGUGAAGCACAUGUCAUUCCACGCAUACCUUCGGAAGCUGACCGGUGGAGCUGAUAAAGGGAAGUUUGCAGCUUUGGAGAACAUCAGCUGUAAGAUCAAGUCAGGCUGCGAGGGCCACCCUCCCUGGCCGGAGGGGAUCUGCACCAAGUGCCAGCCCAGUGCCAUCACACUGAACAGACAGAAAUACAGACACGUGGACAACAUCAUGUUUGAGAACCACACCAUUGCCGACCGCUUCCUGGACUUCUGGAGGAAGACGGGCAGUCAGAGGAUGGGAUACUUGUACGGCCGGUACACUGAGCACAAAGACAUCCCUCUGGGCAUCAGAGCUGAGGUGGCUGCCAUCUACGAGCCACCACAGAAUGCCACUCAGAACAGUCUGGAGCUGGUGGAUGAUCCUAAAGCGGCAGCUGUGGACGAAAUCGCUGCCAAACUGGGCCUGUGCAAGGUGGGCUGGAUCUUCACUGACCUGCUGUCUGAGGACACGAGGAUAGGCACUGUCCGCUACACGAGAAACAAUGACUCGCACUACCUGAGCGCCGAGGAGUGCAUCACAGCGGGAUAUUUCCAGAAUCUACAUUCAAACCCUUGCAGGCUCUCUCGAGACGGCCAUUUUGGCUCCAAAUUUGUGACCGUGGUGGCAACAGGCGGUCCAGAUAACCAGGUGCACUUUGAAGGGUACCAGGUGUCCAAUCAGUGCAUGGCUUUGGUGAGAGACGAGUGCCUGCUGCCCUGCAAAGACGCUCCUGAGCUGGGCUACGCGAAAGAGUCCAGCCCCGAGCAGUACGUACCAGACGUCUUCUUCAAGGACACAGACAAGUUUGGAAAUGAUGUCACGUUUCUAGCUCGGCCUCUUCCUGUGGAGUACCUAAUCAUAGAUAUAACAACCACUUUUCCAAAAGACCCCCAGUACACCUUCUGCUCCACACAACGAUUCCCCAUUGAGAACCGUGAAAUCCUGGGAGAGACGCAAGAUUUCCACAGUUUAGCAACAUACCUGUCCCAGUGCACCUCCACGGCAUUCCUGGACAUCGUGUCAGACUUCCAUCUGCUCCUCUUUCUCGUCACCAAUGAAGUCAUGCCUCUGAGAGACAGCAUUGGGUUGCUACUAGAUGCGGUGAGGACUUCUAAUGAAGAUCUGGCACAGACCUGGAAGAAGUCGGAGCAGUGGGCCACCAUCGAGCAGCUGUGCAGUACUGUGGGCGGGCAGCCCUCCAGCUCUCAGGGUUACGGGGCCAUGGGCGGCCCCUCGGCCCCUGCGUCCUCCUCCGCCAUGUGGUCUUGCCUCCAUUGCACCUUCAUGAACCAGCCCGGCACAGAGCACUGUGAAAUGUGCAGCUUGCCCCGCGGUUAAAAAAAAAAAAAAAACCAACCUCCCUCCCUCCACGCCCUGCUCUGUCCUGAUCUUAUCCCACUCAGCCCUCCUCUUAACUGGCCAAUAACAUCGCUGCACCAGGACCCGCUGCGAGAUUUGGAUGCCCUUUUUUUUUAUUUUUUUUUUAUUUUUCACUCUUUCGCCUCACUUUGAAGCCUCUGUCCUUCCCAUCUCACAGGCUGCUGUCUCGAGUGAAAGGGAUGCACUCGUUUCCAUCCAUUCAAUGAGUAAAU